CCAGAGAUCAAUUAGGAUCAGCUGAUUCCAACUAAGGGCUGUCUGAGACCUUUUAAAGCCCUCUCCUGGUGGGAUAAGGGAGGGAGAGUGCAUGUGUGCACUCACACUCUUCUCCUCCUGAGUAGCAGUAGGGGACCAAGCCUUGGGGUGGGCUGUAUUCCCUCCCAUAAGGGAGAAAAACAAGCCCUAAAACACAGGCUGAGAGAAGGACAAACUGGAUGUCCCUGUGCAGCCAAGAGGGACUGUUUUACCCCAAGCCCAUCUCACCAGAGCUAAAAACAGCUGAGGCUUGUGAGACUGAGAAGGUGCCUUGCCACAAUGGUCUCUGAGGACCAGCAGCUCUUUGCACUGAAUGUACACAUAUGCCACCUGCCCAUAGGGAAGAUGACACCAGGUAACCUAAUCUACUUCUCAGCCCCCAUCAACUCUAUCAGGGCUGGUGUGGGGUGCACACCCCUUCCCAAAGUCAUACAGGAGAUGCCUUGUUUUUCUCACUGGAUGAUGAGAAGGGACACAACUCAUCUCCUGGUUGGACAUUUCAACUCUUUGACAGAAGUACAGUCACUUUCUAAUUGGGCUGCAUCAGCUUUGCCAAGAAGAAGGUCACUCCAUCCAACAGCAAAUGUAUAAAAUACCCUGUGGUGUUCAACUUGUUGCUCCUUGAAGCUGAAACAUCUGGAUGAGAGAGAUUGUGAGCAGGACUGUCAUCUCCUGGCCAGUGACUGCACCUCCUGCUUGGUAACAACUAAGGGCAUGACUACACUACAAACUUACAUUGAUAUACAGCCACUACAAUUCUUGACAUAGGAGUGAAACUGAGUUAACAAUGGAGCCAUCAGAAGAAUUUUUGUUCAAACAUAAAGGAUUUUAUUUCCACCCAGCCCUUGUUACACGUGAAUACAUAGAUUCACUGGAGGAUUUUGAAAUCAGAGACAGUGAUGUAUUUGUUGUUACUUAUCCAAAAUCAGGGACUGUGUGGACUCAGAAUAUUUUGAGCUUGAUUUAUCAUGAAGGCCAUCGAGAUGGAACAGAAAAUAUGGAAAUAAUAGACAGAGUCCCAUGGCUGGAAUAUAACAUACAUAAUAUGGAUUAUGUCCGUCGUCCAUCACCUCGUCUCUUUGCUAGUCACCUGCCGUACUAUUUAGUUCCAAGAGAUCUGAAGAACAGGAGAGCAAAAGUUAUUUAUGUAGCCAGAAACCCAAAGGAUGUUGCAGUUUCCUUUUUUCAUUUUUCCAACCUUUCAGUCCUACUUGAGACAAUACCAGAUUUUAAUAUUUUUCUGGAGAGGUUUUUAGCUGGGAAAGUAGGGGCUGGCUUCUGGCUGGAUCACAUCACAGGCUGGUCCACCCACAGGGAUGACUUCAAUAUUCUCUUCCUUACCUAUGAGGAGAUGAAGAAGGAUCUCAGAGGUGCUGUGCUGAAAAUCUGCAAAUUCUUAGGAAAGCAGCUAAAUGAAAAAGAGCUGGACACUGUUGUGGAAAAGGCUACAUUUGAUCAAAUGAAAACUGAUCCCAGGGCAAACUACGAGUCCAUGCAAGGCAAUCUCCUGGAACGAGGCAAAGGACAUUUUCUUCGCAAAGGGAUCGUUGGAGACUGGAAGAACAUAAUGACUGUGGCACAGAGCGAAAGGUUUGACAAUGUUUUUAAGGAGAAAAUGAAAGACCUGUCUUCCAUGUUCAACUGGGAUACUAAUGACGACAUAUAGACUGGUUUCCAGGUGGAAAGAGGUGAAAGUGCGCUAAAGAGAAUGAAAGUAUGUGUUUGUCUCCAGUGUUCAUAAAAAUCCAUCAUUCUGUGCAAAUUAAAGAUUUUAAACAUGCAAAAAA